AUUUGAUAAACGUUCUAUUUUGGACAUUGUCUGUGUCUCGGACUCGGUACGAGCAAAAAUAAAAGUAAUAAAUUAGAAACCAACUUCUGGGAACAGCAGACGUCGGAUAAAUCAACGAGAUUCGUCCCUUUACGAAACAAAUUGCUUAUCAGCGUCUGUAAAAAACAAGAGAGUGUAUUAUAAUUGGCAAUUAAAUAAAUCGAAGGAUCUACACAGAUAUAUCGAUUUAAAAAGCAGCAAGAUGAUAUGAGAAAAAAGAAUAAAAUAAAAUAAAAUAAAAUAUAGAAUGUAAAACGUAGUAUAAAAAUAAUUGGCAAUUACAAAAGAGAGAGAAACCGGUUAACGGAAGAGCUGAUGAAGUUUGCGGAUCGAUCGGAGGAAAAGGUAGCACGAAGAAUGCGUGCAUAAACACGUCUAUUAAAUAUCAGCGGGAAAAAGAGAGGCUUCAUAAUCGAUGAGACACCCCAGAGGGAAUUCAGUGACAGUUAAGUCAUGGAGAGAUUCAGUCCGCCAGCAACGUCGUUGAGGAAGAGAAUUAGCCCUCCGAUAGCUUGGAAUCUUGGCCUCACUAGCAGGGACCCGAGAAUUGUCAAAGUAAUCCUACUGGGACAUCAGGGCGUCGGUAAAACCGCCCUGGCAGUGCGAUUCGCGACGAAACGAUAUAUAGGGGAGUACGAUUGUUCUAUCGAGAGGGUUUACAAAGUGGACAGCUUCCUGGAUGCCGCGUGGGAGAUAACCGAUCCCCCAGGAUAUCUACCACCUCCGUCCGAACUGAAAUUACGAUGGGCAGAUGCUAUCGUUCUCGUUUACUCGGUGUCGGAUCGUGUCAGCUUCGACGAAACAUCUCGUCUUCGAUUUCUAGUAUCACACGCGAGGAAAACUAGGAAGGUUCCACCGAUAGUAGUCCUGAUAGCAAAUAAAGCAGAUUUAACGUACACUCCUGGUGAAAGGGUAGUUACUACGGCAGAGGGGCGGCAAAGGGCGGAAGAGAUCGAGGCCCACGCGUUUCAUGAAAUUUCCGUCAGAGAAUCUGUCGAACAGGUCAUGGCCGUUUUCACCGACAUCUCCAAGCUGUUGACGGAAUUGCCGGGCAAUUCUGGCCAGCAAACAAAUUCCUUCAGGGUGAGAGCCUCCACCGAUGGCACCUUGGACGCUCUUCGACGCCCCUCGCCUGUUCCGCUCAAACGAAGAUUCAGCAUUUCCGUUCGAGGAACCCUUCAUUGAGCGAAGACAAGCUUAUGAAGAUUCGCUUUGCGAUAAAGCUCCUGUUCUAAUCCCUCGAGUUUUGACAAAUAUCGACUGUUUGUUGUCAAUUUGUAGUAUUGUGGUCGUUUAUUGUAAGCGUUGUAAAGGCGUAUUUUCUUCAUUUUUAGAAAUAUUUUGGGAAUCUUUUCACUUUGAGAAAUAUUUUUGGAAUCUUUUCACACGUUGCGAUAUAUUUUUAGACUUUAAACUUUUAAACUAUAUUUUUAGAUUAUUAGAUAACAUGUUUGUGGUCCUAGUCUGUCCUCAGUGAACUGCAAUGUGCGCUAUUGAAAUAUGAUCAAAAGCCAAAGAACCACAAAUAUGUCAGUGAGAGAUAUUUUUGGACUGCUUUAUCUUUGGGUUUAACGCAAUUUAUUAAAAAUGCACUAUCAGCCAAUAUGGAGUUUCGAAUCGCUAUAUGUUUCAUAGAAAUAAAAAAUUUAAAGAAAAAUCUGCCGAUUAAGCAGUAAAUAUUAAGUGUGAUAUUAAUGUAUUUAAAUUAUUG